AUGUCUGACUCAGCUUUCUGUGUUUCAGUUCUCAGUGCAAGACCCCCUUUCCCUGAGCUGGAAUUCUCCCACGUGUGCCCAGACACCUGGCCUGGUUUCCAAGGAAAAUGUUAUCAUUUUUCUGAGCCUGAGGGCAACUGGACCACGGGUCGGGCAAGGUGUGAGGCCCUGGGAGCUUCACUGGCCACCAUCAGCACCAGGGAGGAACUGGCCUUCCUUCUGCGCUAUAAAGGCGAAGCAAACCACUGGAUCGGGCUGGGAAUGAGGGAUAACGGCUGGGAGUGGAUCAAUGGCACGGCCUUGAACGGCAGGUUUGAGGUGAGGGGUGGGGGGCCCUGCGGGUACCUCGAUGACUGGUGGAUCAGCUCGUCCCUGUGCCACAGGGAGAAGAACUGGAUCUGCAGCCGCCUCGAUGACUAUGAACUCUGGAAUGUGAAAUUAAGAUACCUCAAAAUUCUCUAG